AUGGUCCUCCUGAGGCCCGACUCAAUAAAGGCACCGAGAUCAGAUAGGCCUGACCUUUGGCUAAUCAUCGCAAGUUUUCCUUUUCGAGCCGGGCAAGCAAUCAAAGCAAACAAUCGCCCUGCGGCCUCCAGCGCCGGGGAUCUGUUUACUGUUGCUUGCUAUCGGUCACCCAGCAGGUACCCCAAGACAACAGGUGGUUUUUAUAUAAAAAGAGACCGAAGAGCAGAUGGGGCGGGGCAAAAAGUGCGAGUGACCGGCGGGAGUAAUGAGGCGGGGUCUAGACUAAACACAUGUCCCGGCUCUAAAUUUAGGAACCACCCCCUGUCUUCUUCAUUAGCCAAGGCUUCUUCUUCGCGGCUCUCUUAA